GGCUGUAACCCAAGAUUUCUCAAUUGAGAAGUGCAGGUCUAACCCAGGCCAAAUGAUCAUCUAAAUCAUUCAAUGGCCAGCUAUGCGCAAAGGGCAAAGGUCAAAUACGUUUGAUCCAAUAAACGGUGCUUUUCUAUGCGCAUUUGUGUGUAUGCUAAUUUGUUCACUCGUCGCGACUGCACUUCGAUAGAAUUUUAGUAUUAUUUUGAUAUAUUUCGACAUUUAAAAUAUGGAACCGUCAAAACGUCAAAGAAAUCGUAUUACGGAUGCUCAAAGAAUCGUUCUGGAGCGAUUAUAUGGUAAUGGAAUGGUUGGAACAGGUCAUUUAUAUGACAGCAAAGUCGAUCAAGCUACGCAAGAAACGGGCCUGACGAAAACGCAAGUUAAGAAAUGGAUUGGUAACCAAAAAAGGAAACAACCUUCAACCAGCCAAACCUUUGAUGAAACAUCUACAUUGAAGAGGGCCAAACACAUAAAAGGACCACAUUCAUACAAUGUAUUUUGCAGUGAGUUUUUCAAGUCUGAUGAGUGUAAAGGCUUGUCUAAUACUGAAAGGAAUAAACUAGCUGCAGAAAGGUGGAAUUUGCAAAAUGAGGAUGAAAAAAAGAAAUAUGGUGAAACUGCUAAAGCCCUUAGCUCAGUUGAUAUAAAAGUGUUGGAUGAUGAGCAAAAGAGAAAGCUUAUUGAAAGACACUGCAAAAAGCUAGUCGAGGAGAUCAGGAUACUGGAGGAUUUGGGCUGCCAGACUUCAUCUUUGAUGAUCAACAAUGAAGGCACUGUUUUCCAACUGGGAUCCAAUGAAGGAAAUCAUUUUUUAUCUUGCAACCCCGAUAUUGGCAUAAAAUUUCGUGAGUAUUUUGGUAGUUCUGUUAAGAAGUACCGCAGAAAUGAUGUGCAAGAUCUCUUUAACAAGAAAUACAGUGAAGCGGUUGGAAAGAGCUGCCGGGUGCCGUACUCGAAAUGUGGAUUCAGAGUUGUUGGUCUCCCUGAAGAUAUUUCUUUUAAGAAACCAUAUAACUAUGGUUCCUUGCAACUAAAGAAAAUCAUGGAGGCUGCAGACAAAAUAAAAUUCAUCAUUGAAGAUCCAACUCUCAACGAACCAUUGAAUGUUUACCCGACUGCAGUUUCUGGUAACAAUGGUGAUUUACAAGGAACUGUAAAUGUUGUGAAACCUUUACUAGUAAAAAUUGCUGGAGAAGAUGCUGCGCAAAGGGUGCUGGCCGAUUCUGAGAAGCGAAUUAUGGAGGAGGAGAUUGAGGUGGUUGAUUUGCAUUUAAGUGAUGAAGAGAAGGCAAACUUAUAUGGUUUGUGUGAAGGUUAUUUUUCACCUGAUGCAUGGUUAGCAGUUGGACAUAACAUGCAACAUUCAAGACAGGUUGAAAACAUAGUUUUACCUGUACACACGACUGCAGAAGAAAGAUUUUGGCUGUUUCGUACGAAUGAUAAGCCAUUGCGUAUAGCCAAGUGUGUAUCCUCGGCCAAAAUACGGGGUCAGUGGUUGGAUCUUGUAGAUGAUGACACAUACACAUUCUUGCAUAGUGACAUUAUUACGGGUAAGAACCUUAUUCGUUCUGCUCAUGGACCAUUAUAUUUUUCAAUAGAGGAAGCAGCUACUGAAAAUUUUAAGUUACCAAAACAAUUUAGAUUUGCGAUCGAAGGAGUUUUAGGUAAACUACGUAAUGAAAAUACUUGCGAAUGGAAAUGAUGUCAAAUUUUUUAUCAGGGUAACAGGGUUAAUUAUUAUAGUCAAUUGGUACCAGGGCCGUUGCUAGAUUGCUUAAUUGGGGGGGGGGAGAUAUAAUCAUGUAUAGUAUUCAUGAUCAGUUUGGCAUAAAACGAAUGAUAUGAAUACACAUGCACUCCCCUCCCCCAAUAAGGCUUCUAGCUCGGGCUCUGGUUGGUUCAUCGUAGACUCAUGUACUUCAUAGAC